CCUGGGUGGGCAGGGGCUCGCCGGGCUCGCGCACGCGCGCUGCGGGGCCUGCGGGCUGUGGGGACCGGGGCGUUGUGUGUCACUGCUAGGGAGCGCUGCCGCUGGGGUGGUGCCACUCCCGCGGCUUCUCUGCUCCGGCUCAGCUCCGGGCGGGUCGGGAGGAUGGCUUCGGAGAUGGAGUCGUCGCUGGAGGUCAGCUUUUCGUCCAGCUGUGCGGUGUCAGGGGCGUCCGGGUGUCUGCCUCCCGCCCGCUCCCGCAUUUUUAAGAUCAUAGUGAUCGGCGACUCGAACGUGGGCAAGACGUGCCUGACUUACCGCUUCUGCGCCGGCCGCUUCCCCGACCGCACCGAGGCCACGAUCGGCGUGGAUUUCCGAGAGCGAGCGGUGGAGAUUGAUGGCGAGCGCAUCAAGAUCCAGUUGUGGGACACUGCGGGCCAAGAGCGGUUCAGGAAGAGCAUGGUCCAGCACUACUACAGGAACGUGCACGCUGUUGUCUUCGUAUAUGACAUGACCAACAUGGCCAGCUUCCACAGCCUGCCUUCUUGGAUAGAGGAGUGCAAGCAGCAUUUGCUGGCAAACGACACACCUCGCAUUCUGGUCGGAAAUAAAUGUGACUUGAGAAGUGCCAUUCAGGUGCCCACAGACUUGGCCCAGAAGUUUGCCGAUACACACAGCAUGCCUUUGUUUGAGACCUCUGCUAAAAACCCCAAUGAUAACGACCAUGUAGAAGCUAUAUUCAUGACGCUGGCUCAUAAACUCAAGAGCCACAAGCCACUGAUGCUUAGCCAGCUGCCAGAUAACAGAAUUAGCCUGAAACCUGAAACAAAACCUGCGGUGACAUGCUGGUGCUAAGUCAUAGGCGUGGCCGCUGUGGGCCUGACUUGUCUAAAGAGACUUCUGAAGGGUGACGGUGAUUAUGUUCAUAAGAGCAAAUCUUAAAUAUAACGGAUCACCCCGCUGUUACUGUUGUUAGUCCACCUUUUGUACUUUGUAUCCUCUUAAUCAAGUUUGUCACUGAGAUAACUCAUGGAAAAG